UUUGAAAUGAUAUUGGUGAACUUCCUGUGGAUUGGUCUCAUGACCAUUCCGCAGGCAUUCGCCUGGGAUGUAUGCUCCGGACAGGAUUUUGGAUAUAAGGCUGUUGAUCCAGAUAAUCCACAUGCAUACUUCGUCUGCCUAGGCAUACUUGGUAAAUAUCGAAGCAUCUGCACCGAGGGAUACUAUUUCAAUGUACAAAGCCAAAACUGUGCACUGGAUAAGCACCCAAGCACCGAUCUCGCUAAAUCUUUCAGCGGUACUAAAAACGUAUUAAAUAUUACACAAAAUAUAUCAUUGGACCGCCCCAUUAUAUUCAAUUUCUUUGGAUUUCUAUGGAAUAGGUCACCACCUACGCCACCGCUUAAUAAUUCAACCUUCAACAACCUAAAAGAUAGCAACCCAAAAGAUGAUUCAACUACACGAAUUUUAUUAGCCUCCACUGAAAAUUUAAACUCGGAUAUAUCAUCAAAUUCAGCAAUAACUCAAACAACUGGCCCUGACAGUUCUUCACCCACAUCAGAGGAAUCUGAAUCAACAGAAAACUGGAGCUCGAGUUCUAAAAUAUCAACAUCCUCGUCAGAGGUAACAGGAUCGAUAUGGGAAAGUUCUACAGAAAGCUUAAUUUCAAGUUCUGAAAGUUCAUCACCUGCAUCACAAGAAACUGAUUCUACAGCAAGCUGGAGCUCGACUUCUGAAAUAUCAGCAUCGUCGUCAGAAGUAAAUGAAGUUACUUGGGAUAGUUCUACGGAAAGCUCAAGUUCAAGCUCGGAAAGUUAUUCAUCUACAUCUGACCCAACAGAAUCCACGGAUUCUUCUUCGGAAAGUUCCACAUCAUCAUCAGAUGAAAGUGAAUCAACAGAAAGCUGGAGCUCGAGUUCUGAAAUCUCAUCAUCCUCAUCAGAUAUAAGAGAAUUGUUGUGGGAUAGUUCCACAGAAAGCUCAAGUUCAAGCUCGGAAAGUUAUUCAUCUACAUCUGACCUAACAGAUUCCACGGAUUCCUCCAGUGCAAGCUCGGAAAGUUCCACAUCAGAGGAAACUGAAUCAACAGAAAGCUGGAGCUCGAGUUCUGAAAUAUCAUCAUCCUCGUCAGAGGUAACAGAAGCUACUUGGGAUAGCUCUACGGAAACUUCAAUUUCAAGCUCGGAAAGCUAUUCAGAUUCCACGGAUUCCUCUAGUGCAAGCUCGGAAAGUUCCACAUCAGAGGAAACUGAAUCAACAGAAAGCUGGAGCUCGAGUUCUGAAAUAUCAUCGUCAGAGGUAACAGAAGCUACUUGGGAUAGUUCUACGGAAAGUUCAAGUUCAAGCUCGGAAAGCUAUUCAGAUUCCACGGAUUCCUCAAGUGCAAUCUCGGAAAGCUCCACAUCAGAAGAAACUGAAUCAACAGAAAGCUGGAGUUCGAGUUCUGAAAUAUCAUCAUCCUCGUCAGAGCUAAUAGAAGAUACUUCAAGUUCGGAUAGCUAUUCAUCAACAUCUGACCCAACAGAUUCCACGGAUUCCUCCAGCGUAAGCACGGAAAGUUCCACAUCAGAGGAAACUGAAUCAACUGAAAGCUCGAGUUCUGAAAUAUUAUCAUCCUCGUCAGAGGUAACAGAAGCUUCUUGGGAUAGUUCUACGGAAAGCUCAAGCUCAAGCUCGGAAAGUUAUUCAGAAACAUCUGACCCAACAGAUUCCACGGAUUCCUCCAGCGUAAGCACGGAAAGUUCCACAUCAGAGGAAACUGAAUCAUCAGAAAGCUCGAGUUCUGAAAUAUCAUCAUCCUCGUCAGAUGUAACAGAAUCAAUAUGGGAUAGUUCCACAGUAAGUUCAAUUUCAGACAGCCCAUCUAUUAAGCCAAUGCAUCUUCAAAAUCGUCUUGAUAAAAAUAAGCUCAUUGGUAAUUCUGCAAACUCAAUUUUAACAUCAGCCUUAGCCUUCGUUAUGCCGCCAAAACUCAAUGCUGGGCUCAAUCCUUCUGUGCAAACAUAUAUUAUGCCUGUAAAGUCCUAUUGUAACUUUUUGACCAAUGGCGCGUACUUAAGAGACCCAAGCUCAUGUGGUAAAUUUUAUGUUUGUGCAAAUGGACGAGCAAUUUCAAGGUCUUGUCCAAAAUCGUUGUACUUUGACAUAAAAAAUAAGGUUUGCAAUUUGCCCCAUCUUGUAGAUUGUAGUUCAAAGGAAAGCCUGACUCUGAUGGAUGAUAUAGGUGCAGUUGGAAAAUUAAAUGAUGAUGCUUUAAGUACUGAGGCAUUAAUAAGUUCAACUGAUUUUUCAACAACUGCUACAGUUGCUAUAUCUGCUACAUCUUCAAGUGAGUCGUUGAAUGAAUCUAUUGAACAUCGGCUUACUGAGACGGUAGAUGAAAUAUCAGCGCAGCCAAGUACCAACUCUGAAGACCACUCAAUAGCAUCAGAAGUAAUUAAAGCCUUAAAAUGGUUGGGCAUUGCGUAUUCUAUUCCAACCAAAACUAAGCCCACACAAAUAUCCAAUUUUACCAAUGGCAAAAACGAAUUGAAAAAUGUUAAACCACUUGCCAAAGAACUCAUUGAGCUAUCUGAGCACUCAGCUUGCAGCUCGUUACCAAAUGGCGCUUAUGUGAGGGAUGCCAAGUCUUGCAGCAAGUUUUAUGUAUGUGCCAAUGGCCGGUCUAUAGCCAGACAGUGUCCAACAAAUCUGUAUUUUGAUAUCAAGAAAAAGGUAUGCAAUUUUCCUAGGCUUGUAGACUGCCAAGAAGAUGACGUUGAAACCAAUAGUGCAUUAACUGAUGACUUGAAUGCAAGUGUAGGCAAGAAUUUGAAUACCGCAAGUAACAUGCCAAAGCCAAUUAAGUUGGAUGAUUCUGUGAAUAUAAAAUCACUGCACAACAGCUCUAACAAAAACAACAAUGCAGCUAGUGUAAGCUCUAAUGUGUCUGCUUCAACUUUAUCACCAUCUUUUGACAAAUCCAUCAAGUCAGUUAACAUCAAUCUAGAUAUUGAACAGAAAUCCAGCUCAAACAUUAAAAUAUCAUCAACGGCAAUAGAGGGAAGUAACGAAUGCAGUCAAUUACCAAAUGGAGCUAUCUUCAGGGAUUCACAAAAUUGUGGAAAGUUCUACAUAUGCUCAAAUGGAAUUCCUGUGCCUAAACUAUGUCCGGGUCGUCUUUAUUUUGAUCAAAAGAAGAGGGUGUGCAAUUUCCCAAGUUUGGUAGACUGCUCAAAUGAUAAGACUUUAACCUACACAUCGAAAACAGCUUCCUCUGCAUCUGUAAGCGUGGCCCCAGUUAAUAAGGACCUAACACCGGACUGUAGCUUGUGGGGAAAUGGUGCAUAUAUUAGAGAUGCAAGCUCAUGCGGCAAAUUCUAUGUAUGUGUCAAUGGUCGUGCUAUUCCUCGACAGUGCCCAAAUGGUCUUUACAUCGAUAUAAGAAAGAAGUUCUGUAAUUUUCCCAGUCAGGUUGAUUGCUCGCUGAACGUAGAGUCUAGGCAGCUUGGCGGAAUUUCCGUCUCAAUAAUAACUGACUGCAGCCGCAUGGAUAAUGGCAGCAAGUUGCGGGACUCUAAACGAUGUAACAAGUUCUAUGUUUGCAUGGAAGGUAAACCUGUUACUCAUUAUUGUGAGCCCGGUAAAUGGUUCGACAUAGGUCGACAAGUCUGUGACCAAAAGCGCUUUGUCAACUGCAACAAUUAAGAGCGGAAAAUUAAUUAUACAGUUUUAAUCCGAUAUUGGUUAUAUACAAAUUAAAAUUUAACAUGGUGUAGGGUUAUAUGAACUUAUUUAUUAGUGGCGUAUAUUUAAUCAAAAAUAAGCGAUAAUUUUGUUUACGAUGUUUGAUAUACACAGGGCUUAAAUUCUAUAUACUAGAUACAUACAAUUAUCUGCCAAACUAUUUUCCUAUAUUUCUACA